ACGCUGUACAUCUGACAACACUGAACAAGAGGUCGCAUUUUUUCAUUUUUUCGAACUUCAAAGCGCCAGAAGUCAAAAGGUCGAGGUCGACGGUUCGCCGAACCAGUGACCCAAAAAACCAAACCGACCAAACUAUGCAGUAGUACAAGGGUACAAGCUCCGACAACCGCCACCGCGCAGCCCAGCCCAACAGUAGUUGCAUGUCUGACUCCCCCACGCGCUCUGCGUCCGAAGGUCCGAGGCAAGCCCAGUAAGCUCGAAACCGGUUUGCGAGCGGACAAUUGCCUUGCGCGAGCCCCACCCCCUACUACGGCGAUACUUUCAAGUUUCAACGGUCUCCAAGCCAGCUCCAACCAAGCACCGCGUCUGCUGCAUUUCAGGCGAGCACAACGGCACUACCACACAACCGCUUCAGUCCUUCCGAUGAGUGCUCCGAGCCGCAGGUCCGCGCCAGACGCGCUUCGGCAUCCCGCCUCCUCAAAGUACGCCCCUCGGUACGACCUACGUCGCCGCGUCCUCGUCACGAACCUAAUGCGCGGCCACCGCGAAGGCAGCCUCACGUCCAUUGUGGACCAGUCGCCCGAUCGGCCGGCCAAGCGCUGGGGUUAUUCCGAAAGCAAGCGACUGCUUACGUUCCAGCCGGCCCUAACGCGGCGUCGAAUCAAGUCCCCGCGCAAGCUGGGCUCGCCCAGGCCCAACGAAACCGCUGCCGAGACUGUCGAAGUCCAACAGCGACGACUGCACAGGAGCGGGUCAUACCGGGAAGCGGUCUCGGCUGAAGUGACGGUUUCCGCCGCCCCCGCGGAGGACCUUCCGAAGGCGAAGAAGGCCAGGGUGGAGGUGUCCGCCACUACCGGCCCCUCACAGGCUUCAGCGGUGACGAAUCUGAGCCAUCCCAACGACGAAACGCACCGCGUCCGGCACGGACAACCUUUUGUUGCACGACCGUGCUUCGAGCAGACGUCAGUGAGGUCUGCUACGAGAGUCUCAACCAGCAAGGCUCACCUUCCCGCUGCUUCGACGCCAGUUCGACGACAGGCAAGGGUCACUGUCCGCCGUUGCGUUCCGGUCACCCAUCCGGUGCUUGAAAACAUCCCUCCCGCGGCUUGGCAAGUUCCUACGAUUGUGCAGUCUAAACAAGCUCUCUUGUCUCAAGACAUCCAACCAUACAGCAACCAGCUCCAUGCUCCAUCUAGCCAUGUGUUCCGGGGCAUCCAGUCGUCACUACAGCCACUGCAUUUGAAUUCUGUGCCUGAAAGUCCUCAGAAGGUGACUCAAAGCACCCAGACGUCGCCACCGCCAAAGAGCAAAGGUCUUCUAAGACGAAGGUCGUCUCUAAGACGUGCACUUGAGCGUGUUCUUGGAGUCGGCAAGGAAAACGAACAGAUGGCAAAGAGAGUGUCGGGGAACGGUUUGUCGAAGGACAAUUCGUUGAAACAAAGCAGCCGUGUCAAGAGGAGGCCGUCUUUUGUCGAAGCCUUCUUGUCCAGAAGGAGAAGCUGCGAUGCCGGGAGCAGUGAUUGCAGCCCUUUGAAACGUCCCGCACAGCGUCGUUCUGCCGGGGUUCCGGGUUUUAGGUCCACAGAGGAUUACCCCAAGUCUAUGCCCAAUCCCGUCGUGAAAAUCAGGAGAGCACGUAGCCUUCGCGUACAAAGCUCCACUUUUGAUCCUUGGGGCUGAAUUGUUACCUUGGUUUAGUUUGACUACAUUUGGGAGAUUAAUAAGCUUUUUAUCUUUUCCUUUCACAUGUCGUGUUUUGAAACGAGGACCCACCUUGAACUCAUUUGUUUGUGCAAUUUUAAAUAUAUAAUCCUUCUUCUAUGGA